AUGUCUAUUGUGAUGGACAUCUUGAACGUUUUCGUGUCGUCGUACCAUGACAACCUAGCCGAGUGGUUGCAGUUCCUCUUGUUGAGGCUUCUUCAUAAGAGCGGAGUGGAGAUCUUACCAACUGUUGUGCAACCGCUGAACAUGGCUUUGAAAGCUGUUCGCACAACGUUCCGACCGGAACUUCAGUUGAUCGCUAUUUGUAGGAAUAUUCAGGAUCCCAUACAGACUCCGCCAGUUAAGGUGAAAGGUGCAACGCUCAAUUAUCUGCAUGAGUUAUUACAAGGAAUGGAACAAGGAACAAGCCUUGGUCGCGAUGAAAUUCGAGCAGCGGUUCAGAAAAUCUUCCAGUGGAUGGAAGAUCCCAAGAAUGUUACCAUUAAAGUUGUGAGUUUGUGUACUUUAUUUACUGAGGGACGAGAAAAAAAAUACUUUUACUCCUUUCAAUGUGACCUAUUGACGACGAAACAGAUCUGUUACAGAUGA